AUGUUCUCCAAGGCUUUCCUCAUCACUCUGGCCGCCAGCCCCCUCGUGGCUGCUCACGGCAAGGUCGCCGUCGUCACCGGUGACCAGGGCGGUAACGGCACCGCCCUCGGCAUCCUCGGUGGCGUCAUUCCCGGCGCCGGACCGAACAGUGUGACGGAGAAGGACACCACCGUCUUCAGCAAGAAGCAGGCUGGCACAAACAUCAUGUCUGACGGCCUCGGCAAGACUCAAAAGAACGGCCAGAACACGGUCUCGAUGCUCUCAACGGCCAUGGAACAGUCCGGCAGCACUCUUCCUCAGGUUUCAUCCCAGGGUGGCACCAUCUCCGGAACCUACCACAUUGUGACGACUGAUGGCGCCGGUCCGGUCAGCGCUGUUUUGGACACCACCGGCACGGGCAAGUUCUCUGAGGGCACGAAGCUCGAGGUCAAGACGCAGGUGCCGGGUACCAACGGUAACAUCAAGGCGCCAAGCAAAGGCAAGCGGUCCCUGAUCGGCGAGCUCUGGGAGCGCUCGCUCGACGCACUCGAGGAGCGGGGCCUGGUCAAGCGCGCGGCCAAGAACGUCAACACCGACCACGCCAUGGCAUUUUCCGUCCCUGCCGGAGUCAACUGCACCGGUGAGAUGGCCGGCAUGAAGAACGUGUGCCUCGUCAAGGUCGCCAACGCCAACCCCGCCGGUCCCUUUGGCGGCGUCUUCGCCAUGCAGAUUGCCGGAACGGGCGGCGCUGCUUCCGGCAGUGGUGCCGCCGCCAGCACCACAAAGGCUACCACUGCUGCCUCUACCGACAAGAACAACAAGAACAACAAGAAGGGUAAGAACGCAAAGCGCUUCACUGCUUGA